GAGCGAGUUCGAAUAGAAGCUCGAUAGAGCGUUAACAGACAGGUUCAUUUAGAAACUCAAUAAAAAAUUUGGCGAAUUAGCCGGUUGUAUUUAUCAAUGAUUAGAAUGAACAUUCGUUUUAAUUUCUUCCCGCGCAUUCUAAAGUCUGAACCGAACCAGUCCGGCCAGCACACAAGAAAUGAGUGGAGAAGAAGAAGCAUGGGAAGAAGCUCUUGACCUAGACGAUUCAGACAUCUCUCCUCUCCGCCCUUUCAAACGCCAAACCACCACCUCCAUCGUCACCGCCACCGCCACCUCUUCUCCACCAUUUCUCCAGCGCUGCAGCACCUCUCUCUCCCAACCCUCUCAAAAUCCCAAAAUCACCCAAACUCUUCCCAGCCAAUUUCAUCCCCCGCCACCUCUACCACCAACUCCUCCUUCUCGCAUAAUUUCUGGCCCUGCUGGAACCCUUCAAUCUGCAAUGCUCCGCCGUCGCCAAAAUCAACACGAACAAAAUGGCCUCCACGACUCUGUAAUAAUGUCCACUCAGGAAUACGUUAGGAGAGCUGUCGAAGUCGGAGUUGAAGAUGAUGAUGAUUUUACACGCGCUCCCUGGCUCUUCGCUGUCCAAUUUAUUCGGCUACAAGGGUUAGCAGAUGGUGACGGUGCAAUUGGGAUUCCUUUGACUGCAAUAAAGAACAUGACUAACUUUGAUAAUAAGCUGCCUCAGAUUGUGGCUAUUGUUAAAAGCUGCACUUUGAAUGGCUUUGGAGAUAUGAUGGUAGCUCUAAAGGAUCCAACUGGUACAAUUGAUGCUACAAUUCACCGCAGAGUACUCACUGAGACCGAGUUUGGGAAGGAUAUUUCUGUUGGAGCUGUGAUAGUUGUCCAAAAGGUGGCAGUUUUCUCUCCAGCCCGCUCUGUGCAUUAUCUCAACAUCACACAUAGCAAUCUAAUCAAGGUCAUCCCCAAGGAUACAGGAGUUUCACUAGAACAAAAUUCCUCUGCACAAAUGGCCAAACAUGCUGCUUCUGUUUCUGAACACAACCAAAAUUCAUGGAAUCCUCAGAAGCAAAUCUCUCCGUCACAGGGGAGAACUGAAGGGAUCAUGAGUAGCCUCAGACAAGAUGAUACACAUGAUGAACAUACGGAAAGACACAAGGAAACGAGGCGUAGCUGCGAAAGCAAAAGCGACGUAAACAAUGAAAACCAAAAUGUUAUUGCUGAGAAGGAAAUUUUAUUGGCCCAUGAAGAAGAUGUGGCUGAUGGAUUUAAAGAAGCCACCAAUGCAUAUGAAGCUGUGUCAUGUGAAGUGGUAAAACCUUCAAGUCAGGCAGGGAGAGGCAAUGUAGUGGAAAGUGUCCGAUACGGUAGUGGUGCAGCAGACUCUGUGAAUGCCUCAGACAAUCAAGAAAGUGGAGAAGUUGAUGGAACUAAAUGUAGACAGAAACUGAUUUCGAGUGUUGCACUCCCGCAGUGGACAGAUGAACAACUCGAUGAGCUUUUUAUAUUCGAUUAAGUAGCUUUUCUACUGAUUUGCUAUUUUCUUGGAUUUUAUUCAGGAAAAUGUGAAUCAGUUUUUUGAAGUGUAAAGUAUAGGUAAAUCAAUUUCUAAAGUGUAAAGAUUGACCUCUGUAAAUGUUUCUGUUUUUUCCCCUUUCUCCCCUACCUCUGUGGAGUUGUGAAUUCUUCUAUGGUAGCAAAUAUUCUCUAUUUUAGAUACGUAUAAAGUUGAAAAAGUGGUGAGUUGUAUACUUUCUUCAUAAA